AUGGAUAACAAAACACUAUUGAUAAAUUUAAUGCUAUCUUUAUUAGUCACUGUCAAAGGUGGACCAAUUGAAGAUUUAGCAAAGAUGCCAGAUCUGUAUCAGUUUUAUCAGCAAGUUAUUCGUCAGCCAGAAUUGAAAAUGAUUUUGCAAGGAACUGGUAAGUAUAGUGGUGGUGACUUAACUAUAUUUGCACCUACAAACGAUGCCAUGUCAAGACUGGGUAUUAAAAGUGAAGAUCCGAACAUUUUGUGGAAAUAUCACAUUGUUGCUGGUCGCUAUAGUGAUCAAACGCUAUUCAAUAUGGCAACAGAAAAAUUUAAUCAAGGAACAUCAAAACAAUUAUCUGAUCAGAGACUACAGAAUAAUUUGCCCACAAUGGCAUUACCAUUUCAAGUAUUUUAUGGUACAGGAUUUUACGGUGGUUCAGGUCCCCAUUUAGAUAACAAGACAAAUGUGGGUUACGCAAGUCGUGGAAUUAGUUGGUUAACACAUUCAGCAUUCAAUCAAUCAAAUUAUAAAAAUAAUAAUCCAAACUAUAUGUACAAUACUCCUCAAGUGCGUAAUUGGAAUAAUCCAAUAAAUUAUAAUCGAAAUUAUGUUGUUGCUCAAGGUCCGCGUGCAUCAAAUAAUCGAAAUUUAUUUCCGCCUAAUUUAAUGAAUUAUUAUACGAAUGUUUUCAACCCAAAUACAAAUGCUCAAUUACAAAAUACUUACGUUGGCGGCGGACCGAUGAUGAAUAAGAAUUACAAUCCAGUAGUACAAGCGGGAAUCGGAGUACAAAAGCCAACAAUCAAUAAUGCGUUUAUUCUUCAAACGAGAGGAAUGAGUCGCGGAGUGAUAAAUGUUAUUGAUGCUAUUUUAUGGCCACCGGAACGUCGUGAUCAGACUCAAUAUAAAACAGCCUACGAUAUUCUUGAAGAUAAUACAUUUUCUAAACUACGAGAACUAGUUGCACGUAAUAAUUAUUUACAAGCUGAAUUACGUUCACAAUAUCAUCAAACAUGGUUUUUGCCCACAAAUCAAGCGUUUCAAAGUAGUGGUAGUAGUUUAAAUUAUUUUUUUGAUCCAGCAUUUAUGAACACGACACAGGACGUUGUGAAUUUUUUGAAAGCGCAUACAUUGCCAUUAGUCGUAUUUCCAAGUAAUAUGGAUAGCACGAAACAAUUGAUGACAUUAAACGGUGGAAAAUUGGUGACAUUUCGCAAAGUAAAACAGCCAGAUGGAACAUUUCAGUUUGAUGUGGUAGCUGAUCGGCAGGUAUCUCGAAUUCUUUCAUCACGACCAGAAGAUAUCAAAUUUUACGGAAAUGGACUGGUUUUUCCCAUAAAUAACGUUUUAGGUGGUCCAGCUCGAACAGCAGCAGAUGAAUUAGCAAGAAGCUACCAAUAUUUUAUGGCACUGGUUCAGCAGUCCGGAGACACAGAAUUAAUGAAUUUGCUACAGGGUUCGCCAGCUGGCUUAGGAAAUACUCCAACAUCUUUUAAUCCAUAUAAUCAAUUGAAUAUUACUAUACUUAUACCUCAGCAAAUGUCUAUCAGCCAACUGGGCAAGUCUCAAGAACUUUCAACGAAUUUACGCCGUCACAUACUAAGACUACCAGUUUACGUUGAACAGAUACCAACGAACUAUCAAGCAGAUCAAUUUUUCAACCAAAUGCAACAACAACAACAACAACAACAAUUUAUAAAUAAUCCGUUUCGAUCAGGACAAAUUUCAGAUAGAAAAAAUUAUCUAUCUAAGAGAAAGAGACGUCAGAUACUAGUUAAUCCGAACAUAAAUCGGCAAUUUCAACAACCUGGUUUUCCUCGUCAAGAACAACAACAAGGAUUUAUUCAAAAUAUACCACCACAAAACUAUCCACAAAUACAUGGCCAGCAAUUCUUUUCCCAGCAGCCAAACAAUUAUCGUCAACAAGAACAACAACAGUUGCAAUCGUUUCAGCUGAAUGAUGAAAAUCUGCAUCAACAAUAUCCAAUGUAUUCAUCUCCCAUCAUAUUUCAGGAUGGACAAACGUAUCAAACAUAUGAUCCAAGUUUUAGUAUUCAAGCUCAAGUUAGCAAUGGGCCACAUGGAAAUAUUGUAACGUUAACUGGAAGAUCGUCGUCAAACUCUGCUCCUUUUCAAGCAACAAUUCUCAACUCAGAAUCAAAUCUACCAGUUCGAAAUGGUGUAAUGCACAUCAUCAGGGGCCUAUUAUCGGGCACCGUUACUUCCAUGGACACCGUCUUAAACCAGUUGCAAGGAGUAAGUUUAUUUAAUCAAUUUUUACAACAAACAAAUAUUAUCAAUGAAUUGAAAAACUCUGGAAGAUCUUAUACAUUGUUUAUGCCAACUAAUGGAGCUUUAACACAAAUUGGUGUCACAGCAAAUACAAAUAAAUUGCGACAAUUUGUUCAACGACAUAUAUGUGCUGAUACUUUACUCGAUCCGUUAGGAAACAAUAUUGCAAGAAAAUCUGAAGGAUUUUAUAGCGGACAACGACAACAAUACAGACCUCCAUUGAUGAUGCAACAACAACCGUCAAAAGAGGAAAUACAAUAUUUACAACGUCUGUCGCAAGCAUCACCAAUCUCUCUAAAACCACGGCGUCAUGCUGUUUACAUGAAAAAACGUAAACGACGACAGGACCAUGCUUGGUUUCAAGCAUUGCAGGGCGGUAAAAAGUGGUCUGAGAGACUUCAAGUAGGCUCACACGCAGGUUUCAUUUCCCAAAUAAGAAAUGCAAGUUAUCGACGACCUAUAGGUGGACGUCCUGAUCUUGGUCCUGCUUAUUUUCAACCUGAUCAACAAGUCCAUGGUGGUUACCCAGCUGCACCCUCCUCUUAUGCAGGAAAUAAUCAGCUGUACAAUCCAGGUUCCUAUACACGUGGAGGCUAUGGGCAACCCAAUUCACAAUAUCCACCCUAUAAUAGUAAUUAUUAUAGAAAGAUUAAUUAUCCAUACAAUCAAGGACAAUACUGGAAUAAUGGCACGAUGAAUAUACAAUCCAACCAACCAAAUCCAGGCAAAAAUUAUAAUAAAACUGUUGUUAGUGGACCAAGUAUCUACAAUACUGGUUAUCAAUUUUAUGGUGCUCCACAAUCGUGUCGAGCACUUAGUGGUGAUCAGAUAACUGUACGACAAGUACAAGGUGCAUCACAAUCACAAGGAAGUUAUAUGGUGACAUGUUGUGGUGAUAUAUCUAUAAGUGCCAUGGUACAAUCGUUCAAUAUCUAUCCUCCUGGUUAUGCUGUAUACACGAUUGGAAAAGCUUUACUUUCAUAUGGCCAAACAGUUAAUAAUUUAUAUAGCGAUGCCAUACGUGUAUACUCUUACAAUUAUUUUCUCUUACUAUUUACAAUAUUGUUUGUAUCCACAAUUAAACAUACUGAAAAAAUAUUAUAG